AUGGACUACAAGCGGAUAUAUGGUCUCUUGGACGGCGCAGACGCUCGGUUUCGUCUAUUAUCGACGCCUGGUGGAUCCGUUCGUGACCUCUUCCGGGUCUGGGGGCAGGAGAGUCGACUGCCUUGUGAGCUGCGAGCGCUGUUGGACUGGAUGCUUCGUGUUGAUCCGCUCCAAAGACCCACAGCGGACCAGGUCUGCGACCACGAAUGGCUCAAGCGACCCAGUGAGGCUGAGCCGGAAGAAGAGGAGGAUGGAGAGAACUUAGAACCGCUGAAGAUGUCGAAUCGAAGAGACGAGUCCUGGACCUGCGGUAGCCCACGGAGCAACAAGAGAGUGAAACGGAUGGAGUAG